CUUGACCUUCAAGGGGGGGGCGGGAGGUGCCGGGGCGCCCUAUAAUAUAAUGGUAGGGGAAACAGUGCAAUAUUGUAGGAUCGACCAGAUAAUCCACGUCAGGGGAAACACUAUGAAGUUUUACAAAAUACUUUAAAACUGAAAGUCUCCUGUACUUGGUUAAAUAGUUCAGUUUUUCUUGCGCUUUGACUGGUUUGUUUCCUUGAUUGACACAUUCAUCCAGCAGUGUCACAUUAACAUGUUACACAAGCAAGAUUAUAGGAAACCGACCAAUCAACACACAGCAAUAACUCAAUGCUUAAGUGAAAUAUACGUCCUUUUAAUUGUAAUGUAGAGUUUAGAAAUCCGGUCCUAGCUGAAAGUGCAUUGUCUGAGCCCCCUAAUAUUACAAAUGUUUGCCUGCAAGUGUAGUGUAUGCCGUUUGCGAAAUUCACUUGUACCAAAUAAUAGAUUCUCAUUGAAGCGAAAGAAUUUAAAGCCAAAUUUUACAUUAAUUAGUUCGUGCACGAUGUGUACAAGUAAUCUCCCACUACACAGGAAUGACAAACAGGGCUUGAUUAUUUCGUCGAACACGUGACUUUGUCAUGUGGUCCACCCGAAAACCCGGAUUGGAUCCCAGCGGUCAGCUGAGAGGCACGCGGAUUCGAUCCCGCGUGUCAGCUGAGAGCCACGCAGAUGCCAUUAUUGUGCACAAUGUUCUUUUCUAACUCACGGUAUCAAUUUAUAGUAGCUUGGCUUCUAGGACUUACACCGAGCCGUAAAGUUAUGCUUCGAGACCUCAUGGAUAUGCUCGAACAGACUUUGGACACAGUACCGAGUCACGAAAACCAAGAAAGCGAGGAGGUUGUACAACUUCAAGAAGAAGAAAGUCUAGGUGGGGAGGAGCCAGAUUCCGUUACCAUAGAGACUGUGCAGCAGGGAGCUGUUACCAUAGAAACGGUCCAGCAGGCUGCCGCGUUUUCGGAUCAUAAUGUCCAGUAUCAGUUCCGCACAGAGAACAGCGGCGGACAGGUGACGUAUCGAGUUGUCCAGGUAACAAACGAGCAGUUAGAAGCCGGAGGGGAGGGAGGUGGGACAAUCAGUGUGGUCUCCACUGCCGCUUUUCCUGGUAACCCCCAGGCAGCCGCCCAGGCCGUGGCCCAGAACACCUUCAGUAACGGCGGCAGUCCCGCUGCAGAGUCAGCGGGGGGUGAGACUCGCUUCACCUACUUCCCCGCAGCGGCCGUGAGUGACGGGUCAGCUCUCUCCAUACAGACAGACCAGGCAGCCACACAGGCAGGAAGUCAGUUCUAUGUCAUGAUGACUCCGUCCGACGUCUUGCAGUCUAACACGCCGCGUACCAUCGCACCGCGCACGCAUCCCUACUCCACAAAGUUGGAGGGACCCCGAGCUCCCAGAGAUGAAAGGAGGAGAGCACAGCACAAUGAAGUGGAGAGGCGGAGACGGGAUAAGAUCAACAACUGGAUAGUUACGCUGUCCAAGAUCAUCCCCGACUGCAACGUGGACAGCACCAAGACUGGAGCGAGUAAGGGUGGCAUUCUUUCGAAAGCCUGCGACUACAUCCGGGAGCUGCGGCAGGACCAUCAGCAGCUACAGGAGGGCUGCAAGGAGGUGGAACGGCUACAGGUGGAGAAUGAGGUGCUUCGGCAACAGAUCGAGGAGCUGAAGAAUGAGAACGCCCUUCUGCGAGCUCAGCUACAGCAGCACGGGAUCGACGGCGUCGGCGACAUGGCCGCCCACUGAGCGGGGCGCCGCCUCGCGCCGAGACACGUGCCCCCUGUUGGACGACUAAGAGGACAUCGCUGCUGAGAACGGGGACGCCCAUGCUUUUCUUCACGCCCUUGGACCCGGAUGCAGGACAGAGGCGUGGGAGGUGGCAAGCGCAGCCCCCCCCUCUGCCGUUACCCCCUCUUUCACUCUGGGGAGCGGGCAGCGGCCAACCAGUUGUUAACCAUGGGUAUGUUCACCCAUCUAUGAACUAUGGAGGGUUUUUUUGUAUAAUUGUCUUCGUUUAUUAUAACAAUGCUUUUAUUUUAUUUUUUUGGUAUUUUUUUUGUCCUGUGACUAUUAAUGUAAUUGUUGCUAAUAUCAUUGUUUUUUUUUUUUCGUUUGUUUUUAAUUUAUUGGUGUUGCGGGGUGAGAUGAAAGGCUCAUGAUAGGAAAUAGCUUGCAAGUCAUUUAAUAAUCACUGGGCCCUACAGUUUUCCUUUGUGCAAAAUUAUGAACCAUUGACCCCUAACAAUAUCUGGCAUAUUCACUAUAAAAUGCUGAGGCCUGAAUAUUUGUUUUCAGUUUAUUAUAAACCACUGGUCUGCUUUUGGCCUGAUUUUGGCCUGGCCUGGGCUGGUCAGUUCCUGGCCUCUCUGUUGUUUCACAUGCUUUUGGCCUGGUCUGGCCUGGCUUGGCCUACCUCCUGUUUGGCAUACUUUUGCCCUGCUCAGCCUCUGGUCUGGGCUGUCGCUCUUCUACUUUGCUCAGCCUUUGUAAAACAAUGUGUUAGCACUUCAGAGCUAAUAAAUCUAUAGUGAAAUUUACUCUGAAUCGUUAAUAUGUACUUUUUAUAUAUAAAAAAAAAAAACUUAUAAAACGCUUAUAAAAAGAAAUAACAUUUUCCUCUGAGAAUGAAUUUAGACAUUCUAUUUAAUAAACAUCCUCCAUUUAGCCAUGUAUUGUUAAGGUCACAUAUUGCAGAUCCCUAAUGACCCUAACAGCUGGUGACUUUGGUUCUAUCUCAGUUGUACAAUGCAGUUCACCAGAGAACCAGAGGCUAAGAGAAAUACACCCUCCUUCAUUUCAGGACCUAAAUAAUUGUUUGGUCCUCACAAUUUCUGCAAACAAACAUAACCUCGGAUGAGAAAACACAACAAAUUUCAAUAUGUUGUCAUUUUUUUUCUCCUAAAAGUAAGAAUUGUGUUACAUGACAGAAAAGCCUCAGCUACCAUGUUAGAUAUUCUUGGCAGCACAAUCGGAAAAAGUUUCCUAAAUGAAUAUGGCGGCGCAUGUUAGCUUUGCAAAAUUACACCCCAGUAAAGCACAAAAGUUCUGGAACAGUAUUCUUCGGACCAUUGAGACCAAGCUGGAGACCAUAAACACACUAGCCAAUCAAUACCUCAAUGGCUGAAGAUGAAAAAAUCAAGGUGUUUGAACUGCAAAGUCAAAGUCUAAUAAAAUGCUGUGGUGGGACCUAAAGAGAGCCAUGCAUAGAUGAAUGCCCUCAAAUAUCAAUGAGCUGAAGCAAUGUUGUGAAUAAGAACGGGCCACAAUUUCUCCAAAAUGAUAUAAGACGCUGAUAAAUUCCUGCAGAAAAUGUUAUUGUUGCUAAAGGUAUUGUAGGUCUGAAUGUUCCUGAGUUUUUGGGUAUAUAGUGUAUUUUUGUUCCCACAUGGUUUCUGAAUGGUGGCUUACUUUUUGGAAAAAAUAGCAACAUAUUGAAAUCUGUUUUGUUUUUUUGGAUUGUUCGUUUAUGGAAGUUAGUGUGGAAGUUAGUGAGAACCAUACAAUUGUUAUUUAGGCCCUGAUGAAUAAAAAUAUAUAAUUGAA